AUGACGGUGCAGGCUCGAAGGGUCGAAUGGCCUACUCCUGCAUCUAUUGUCUAUUGUCUAUUUUCUAUGGGACCUUGUCUGGGGUGUGUGGUGCCUACCAGUGUGUCACCACCCUGUCAGGGGUGUGUGCGGUCUCACAGUGUGUCAGGACCCUGUCAAGGUUGUGUGGGGUCUCACAGUUUGUCAGGGGUGUGUGGUGUCUCACAGUGUGUCAGGACCCUGUCAGGUGUGUGCGGCGUCCACAGUGUGUCAGGUCGCUGUCAGGGGUGUGUGGGGUCUCACAGAGUGUCAGGACCCAGUCAGGGGUGUGUGGGGUCUCACAGUCUGUCAGGACCCUGUCAGGUGUGUGCGGCGUCCACAGUGUGUCAGGACCCUCUCAGGGGUGCAUCGGGUCUCACAGUUUGUCAGGACCCUGUCAGGGGUGUGCGGGAUCUCACAGUGCGACAGGACAUUGUCAGGGGUGUGUGGUGUCUCACAGUCUGUCAGGUCACUCUCAGAGGUGUGUGGGGUAUCACAAUGUGUCAGGAUAUGGUCAGGCAUUUGUGGGGUCUAACAGUGUGUCAGGACCCUGUCAAGAAUAUGUGGUGUCUGACCAUUGUCAGGGGCCUGUCAGUUGUGUGUCGCGUCUCACAGGGUGUCAGUAACUUGCCAGGGUUGUGUGGGCUCUCACAGUGUGUAACGAUCUUGUCGUGGGUGUGUGGGGUAUCACAGUGUGUCAGGACGCUGUUAUCGUGUAUCUCACAGUGUGUCAGAGCACUCUCAGAUGUGUGUGGGAUCACAAUGUGUGUCAGGACCCUGUCAGUGGCAUGUGGCAUCUCACAGUGCGUCAGGUCCCCGUCAGGGCUGUGUUGCGUCUCACAGUGCGUCAGGACCCUUUUGGGGUGUGUGGGGUCUCACAGUGUUUCUGAACCCUGUGAGGGGUGUGCCGGAUCUCACAAUGUGUCAGGAUGCUGUCCGGGGUGUGUGGGGUCCCACAGUAUGUCAGGUCGCCGUCGAAUGUGUGGGGUCUCACAGUGUGUAAGGACCCUGUCAGGGGUGUGUGGGGUCUCACGGUGUGUCAAGUCCCUGUGA